AUGAAUAUGCCUUCAAAAAGUAAAUAUCCUAUUAGAAAUCUUGUUACAGAAGGUUUUAUGGAAUAUAUGCAAUAUGGAAUGAACGGGUCAGGAAUCUCUCGUAAUACUGAUUAUGAAUCUUGGAAGUAUAAUCGCCAUUUUGUUUCUCAAGCUAUGAUGACUCCGGAAUUUAGUUAUAAAGUUAUUGAACGGACGAUUGGAUUAUAUGAAGAAAUGGAAUCUUAUUGGAAUAAUCUUGAAGAAAAUAGAGAAUUAGAUCUUAAAAAAUGGAUAUAUAGAUUUACCAAUGAAAUUGUUUUUGAAAUUUUAACUGGAGUGAAAAAUAAUUCUGUUGCUUGCUAUUAUAGUACACUUAUUCAUAAUGAUUCUUUAUCUUUAAAUGAAAAAGAAACUGAAAGAUUUAUUCAAUCACUUGAAAUCUUCGAUAGAGGAAAUUAUUUGUUUGAUAAAAUCAACAAUAUUAUUAAAGAAAGAAGAAUUGAAAUUGAGAAUACACCAUUAAAUCAACCUCUUCGUCACGAUUUGUUAACGUCAUAUUUAACAGCAAAUACACCAAGGGAUAUCAAUUUUGCGAAACAUGGCAAUGCCGAUUUUUUAAGACCAAUGACUGAAAGUGAGAUUUUUGGAAAUGUAUUCGAUUCCUUGCUUGGAGGAGGUACUAUGUCAAAUUUAAUUUGCUUUGUCAUAUAUCAUAUUGAAACUUAUCCUGAAGUAAAGCAACGAAUACGACAAGAAAUUGAAACUGUUCUUGGAAAUGACUUAACAACGCCCAUAACAUCUAAAGAUCUUGAUGAGUUACGAUAUUGCGACGCGGUUAUCAAAGAAGUACAUCGUUAUCAUCCUAUAUCUUUUUCAAUUCCUCGUGUAAAUGUUGAAAAGGAUGAGAUUGGAGGGAUCAGUUGGCCAGAAAAAACUUCAUUUCAAAUGCUUUAUGGUGUAAUAAUGAAAAAUAAGAAUUAUUGGACUGAUCCCGAAAAAUUCGAUCCUGAUAGAUUUUACGAACUUGAAAAAAGUGAGAAAUAUUUACUUGAAAGACAACAUAUUAAAGAUUCUUUUACUAUAUGGGGAGGUGGAAUUAGAAUCUGUCCAGGAAGAAAAUGGGCAAUAAUAGAAUUAAAAAUUUUACUUUCCAUGAUUUAUAGAAAAUAUGAUAUAGAAAUAGCAGAUAUUAAUGAGCCAUUUAAAAGCGGAUCUGGUCUUCUUAGA